UUUUUUUUUCUUUGGUCGCCGCCCACGAUCUCCCAUUAAUCCUUCCGUCUGUUUCGCGUUCUGCUUCUCCCGUCGCCGUCGCCGUCCCCGUCCCCGUCCCCGUCCUGCGACCCGCUGUUGCCGCCGCCCGCCCGUCCUGCGACCCGCCGCCGCCGCCCGCCAGUCAGAUCCGAUGACAGGUGCCGCCCGCCGCCAGGCCAGCACUGCGCAUCCUCGCAUUCAAGGCGACCUAGCUUCAGAUCGGGAUGUGGGUGGUGGUUCCUUCGAUUUGGUCACCAGGAUGGAGUGCUCCUUCUUUCGACCCGCUACCUCAUGCGGGAUGGGGCAAGGACGCAACGACGACGGCGACCUGCAGGAGCUCAACUUCCUCACCGUCUCCUCAAGCUUGCGAUUUCUUCAGAGUUUAUCUCCCUCACUUGUGGGUAGUCUGAGGACACAAGGAGCAUAUUCUGUUGCACCUCCUGUCCACGACUUCAGAUGCUCAUGGUGCACGCCCCUUCAGCAGCUCAGUUUCAAGCAUGAGAGGGAUCUUAUUUACAGGUGGGUGUUCUGAUCAAGCUGUGCUGAAGAUCUUUCGCCUCAGAAUAAACUAUGGCGGCAGAUGAUGCCAGAUGAUCAUAACUGCACAUGCCACAUGCAAAAGACCCUCGGAUGCAGUUAUGCAUAUAUGGGGAUUCAAGAUUUUGUACUGAACUUUUACAGUAAAAAAUUUCAAGUGCAACUGUCCAGUAUUGGACUAUAAAAGUAGUUUAAUGUUCAUAAUGUGUAAAAACAUUACUUAAAAACCUACUCGGAUGACUUGUCAAUGUUGUGCAAAUGUUAAGCUGUUUCAGAGCACGUGUGUAAAACCUCAAUAUUUGUAGUUUGGUGACUCUGUUUUUGUUAAACUUUGCUAUC